AUGUAUAUAAUUUUGGUUCAAUUCUUGUUGCUGAAAGGUAUAGAUUGCUACACCGCAGCAAAAUCAUCGAAAUCAUCUUUUGAUUAUCAAAAAUAUUUCAAAACAGUGAGGAAAAACGGCAACCCGUUAUCAAAUGACGAUGUCAUAUCAAGUUAUGUUGUUCAUUCUGAAAUUGAAUGCUCCUUAAAUUGCCUGGAAGAACAAAUGUGUGUGGCUUACAACCACAGACCUAAAUUAGCACGAGAUGAAAUAAACUGUCAAAUCAGCAGUAGUACUUCACAAAAAGAUGUUGACGUUUUUGCGAAGGGAGAGUGGACACUUCACCAAGACAUGAAAACAUUUUGUGGUUGCAAGGAGAAUCAAUCUCAGUGGGGAACGUUCAAAAACCUCCCUAAAGAACAAAAAGGAAAUGAUUUUCGCAUUCAAAAUGGUAAAAAAAAGAUAUGUUUAUCGGCCGGAAGCGAUGACAUCGUUGUAGGAAAGCGCUGUGACCCAAAUGACGCUAAGCAAGAAUGGUCGUGGAUAAAUGGAGGAAAUCAACUGAUGAACAAAAACUCGUGUAAAUGCCUGGAUGUUGAAGGCGAGAUUAAAUCAUAUAGCCUGGUGCGUGUUUCCUGUUGUAAUAAGCGUGUGUCUGGCCAGCACUGGUCAUGCUCUAAAAAAUUCUUAAUGGUCGGUGGAACCACAUUGAGGUUACACGUGGAUAAUAAUCUGCCUCAUAAUCCCACUUCUAUACGUAAUAAAAUGUACACCGGCAAAUGGACUGAAUGGGAAAUCUUUCGUGAAAAUGAAACUGACAUAUGUGCUGCAAAGCCUUGA